UUUUAAAAUUAUUACACACUUCGACAUCUUUGAGUUUUCAAGCAAACUUCGCCACAAAAAUGUCUGCACUUAUCCUUUCAGUAAUUUGCUUGAUAUUUGUCGCGGGAACACUCUGUGCCGGUAAAGAUGUCGACUAUGAUAAAAUGAAAAGUACCAUGUGUGUUGAAAAGGAUAUGGAGAAAAUUGGCUGCAUGAAGAAAAAUCUUGGACCAUUAAUCGACAAAAUUGAGGGUACAGGAUGCAAAGAACAAGCACCAGUUUGCGGAAAUGAGAUGGAAUCAAAGUUUUGCGAAUCCUCUGAAGAAGAACUGAAAAGCUGCUGCGAGUGCCUGCUGAGUAAACUUGAGGGUGAUGAUUUGAAUAAAUUUAAGAAAACGCAAGAAUGCCUGUCGUAAGGAGGAAGGAAAAAUCAUUAAAUCAAGUCAAAUGAAGAUCAAGAAAAAUCAUCACAACUGU